CACACCUUUCAUCAAUACCCACUUAGAGUCUGCAAGAAGACAAUGUAGAAGGCUGAUUUCAAUAUAAAUUAUUAGGCAACAUAUACUUACGAAGGCAUUGAAGACUGGAAAGCUGAUGACUUAUACUUAAAAUUUUACCUCCAAACUGAUAAUGUCCAAGUGGUCACUUACCUCAGAGUCUUAAUGAUUUGUUUGACGCCUAUCAUACACUAACAUAUAUCAUUAGAAUAGAGACAGAGCUUAUGCAAGAGAAAUGAGAGCCAUAGUCCAUAUAUCAUAAAAGGAGAAGAAAUUCCUUUGAGAAUGGUUUAAGUGAUGGAGUGUUAACAUUCAUAAUCUUUUUUGUACUUCAGAUUUGCUUGCAUGAACUAUAUUUGUAGAGUAAACCUGCAAAAAAAAUAAAAAAAAGAGCACCACAUUUUUCCAUUCUACAUACAAAAACAAAGCAAGCAAGCAUAAACCAUGUUCCUUACUUUGAACACAUCUCAGAGGAUUCCAAAAACGCAAAUCAUCAGAUUUAGUCAUAAUCACGCAUCAAGAUUGAAUUGGCACAUAUCCUACUAAAAGAGCAAAAAGAUUUGCUGUUGUUGGCACAUUUGAAGGAAGAAAAACAGUUGAUGCCAUUUGACAUAUACCUCUUACCAACUCAUUGGACGGGACUAAUAGUGUCUGCUAUGUCAGUUUACUGUAUACGUAAUAGAGCAGAAGGCAGCGGACAAGGCAGAAACCAGCCUUACGUUGGUACAAAUGUUCCACAUGCGGAUACAAAGCAUCGCCUCAACUAA